GCCGAGCGAAAAGAGGCAGAACGGGCUGGUUUUGCCCUUCUGCUCCCUGACAGUUACCUGUCCGCGGCUGCAGAGGUCAAGCAUUUCUCAGGUCAAACAAACCUACUGGAUGUUGGAAAUCUUUUGCACCUCUGGAAGCUGAAGAUGAAGUUAUUAUGGAAGCCGUUUUUGCUGCUAUCAGUCAUGGAGUGUCUUACAGAUUGUUUGGAUUAUAAAUCAUUCCACGGGCCAAAAUGGCGGAUGGAGCCCAGUGAUUUAAUGGUGCCUGUUGGUUUACCGGAAGAAGAGGUCACGCUUACCUGUGAUGCCAAAGGCUUCCCUGCUCCUCAGUACAGGUGGUCACUGAAUGGCACACUGAUUGAUUUGAGGGCUGAUUAUCGGCGGCAUCUCUCUGGGGGGAAUCUGGUGAUUAGGAAUCUGGACCUUGCAGAGGAUGCGGGGAUUUACCAGUGCACUGCUUUUAACUCGCUGGGAGCAAUUCUCAGCAGGAGAGCGAGUCUUCAGUUUGCAUACUUGAAUUUUAAAACUCUAACAAGAAGCGCUGUGUCAGUACGUGAGGGCCAAGGAGUAGUUUUGCUAUGUGGUACACCCAUAUAUGCAGGAGAGCUUCAUUAUGCCUGGUUGUUCAACGAAUACCCAUCCUUUGUCCAGCAAGACAGUAGGCGUUUUGUCUCACAAGAGACUGGGAACCUUUACAUCGCUAAAGUCGAGCCUUCAGAUGUAGGGAACUACACAUGCGUGGUGGUAAAUCGCAUUACAAAGAUCAAAAUGCUGAGCUCUCCCACGCCACUGGUCCUGAGGACAGAUGGUGUGAUGGGUGAAUAUGAGCCUAAAAUAGAAGUUCAUUUCUCUGACAUGGUUCCAGCUGCCAAGGGCUCCAUUGUGAUCCUGGAAUGUUUUGCUCUGGGGAAUCCAGUGCCUGAAAUAACAUGGAGAAGGGCUAAUGGAAUUCCCUUUCCCAACAAAGUGAAGAUGAAGAACUUUAAUGUCGUUCUGGAGAUUCCCAGUUUCCAACAAGAGGAUGCGGGUGGUUACGAGUGUGUGGCAGAGAACAAAAUGGGCAGGAACACUGUGAAAGGACGAGUCUCCUACCAUGCUAAGCCUCAGUGGGUGCAGACCAUGCAUGACAGUGCCUUAUCCAUUGAUGAAAGACUAUUUUGGGAAUGUAAAGCCAGUGGAAAACCCAAGCCCUCAUACAGCUGGCUAAAGAAUGGAGAACUACUUAACACAGAGGACAGGAUUCACAUAGAGAAUGGAGCUCUAACUGUAUUCUCAGUCAACUUGUCUGACGCUGGCAUGUAUCAGUGUGUUGCGGAAAACAAACAUGGUAUUAUUUACUUCAGUGCUGAGCUAGUGGUGCUUGCCUCACCGCCAGAUUUCUCCAGAUCCCAAGUGCGAGCACUACUUAAAGCUAAAACUGGCAGCACUGUGACUAUGGAGUGCAGGCCCCAGGCUUAUCCCCCUCCUACCAUAUCCUGGAGGAAAGGCAGUGAACAGCUCCAGAGCACAGAGAGGAUAAGUCUUCUCCCUGAUGGAACACUAAAAAUCAUAAAUGUGACCAAGACAGAUGUGGGCAGCUACACAUGCCUGGCUAGAAACCAAUUUGGGAUGGCAAGCACCAACAGAAGACUACUGGUCACAGAUCCCACACGGAUCACUCAGGGCCCAGUGGAUAUGGAGAUCAUAGUGGGUGAGAGUAUCGUGCUGCCAUGCCAAAUCGAAUGUGAUGCCUCUCUGGAUGUGUCCUUCUCUUGGGCCUUUAACGGGCAGCUCCUCAACAAACUCGACCCGCACUAUGAGCAUGUCGGUGGGGGCGUGGCUGGAGAUCUAAUGAUACGCAAUAUACAGCUGAAGCAUGCCGGGAAGUAUGUCUGCGUAAUCGACACUGAUGUAGAAAGUUUGUCUGCGGCUGCCAUUUUGAUUGUAAAAGGUCCCCCUGGAGCUCCAGACAGUGUAACGGUAGAGGAGAUCACAGACAGCACAGCGCAGCUCUCCUGGAGGCCUGGACAGGACAAUGGCAGUCCCAUCCUCAGCUACAUCAUCCAGACCAAAACAGCUUUCACUGUGGGCUGGCAGGCAGUAAAUACAGUGCCUGAGGCGAUAGAUGGGAACACUUUGACUGCUACAGUGGUGGACCUGAAUGCGUGGGUAGAGUAUGAGUUCCGAGUGCUGGCUAGAAACAGCGUUGGCGUAGGAGAACCAAGCCCAGCCUCACUCAAAACCAGAACCGAGGAUGCAGUUCCUGAUACAGCACCAGCUAAUGUUGGUGGUGGGGGAGGCUCCAAGUCUGAAUUGGUAAUAACAUGGGAGCCUGUACCUGAGGAGCUGCAAAAUGGAGAUGGUUUUGGUUACAUCAUUGCUUUGCGGCUGCUCGGUGAACUAACGUGGACACAUGUUGUGACGUCAGCACCAGGACGCUAUGUUUACCGCAAUGAGAGCAUUGCACCAUUUUCUCCUUUCGCUGUUAAAGUGGGUGCAUACAACGUGAAAGGCCAGGGGCCGUUCAGCCCUGUCACCACAGUGUUCUCAGCAGAGGAAGAGCCCAGCAGAAUGCCAGGGGGUGUGUGGGCUCGGAGUAUUUCUGACACCGAAUUUGAAGUGAGCUGGCAGAUACUCUCUGACUCUCCAGAAAGGAUUUUGGGGUAUGAGGUCAUGUACUGGGAAGAUGACACUAAGCCAGAGACCAUGGGGAAAGUGAGAGUGUCUGCAAAUCAGUACACCGUGAACAUCGGUGGUCUGAAGGGAUACACUCAAUAUUUCCUUACAGUGAGCUCCUUCAACACAGCAGGAACUGGGCCACACACACCUACCAUUAAUAUCACCACCAAAAAGUCUCCGCCAGGACAGGCACCAGUGAAUGUGGAAUGGAAUCUGAUUGGCUCAAAGCUGACUGUCCACUGGGACCCUGUAGUCACCAUGGAGAUGGAGUCAGAGGUCACUGGGUAUAAGGUUUCUUACACAAGGAACAGACAUACUGAGGUUAACACAGUGACCACUAACGUUACUUCUGUGGAGCUCAUCCUCCCUGCCGAUGAUAAUUACAUCAUUCAGAUUUGUGCUCUGAGCGACAGCGGAGACGGCAUGCCCACUGAGCCCAUCAACAUUCACAAACUGAGUAUGAGCGUACGGGGUUCAAGAGCAUGGCAACCGACCGCCAUCCCCCUGUCCUUGCUUUUUAUCAUCGCAUUAACUGCCAUGAGGCCAACUUUGUGAAAAGGACUUUAGUAUUGCCACAGACUUAUUGAGUUGAUCAUGUGUGCUCAUUCCUUACAAAUCAUGAGAGCAGUGUAUUGGAACAAUUUUUUAAAUCUCCCAACCUUCCCAUAUUUCACCUGAGGCAACAUCGUGUGCAUUUGACAAAACCGACAAGGAAAUUCAAAGUUACAGAUUUUGUGUGUAUGUUAUGGUCUCAAGGCAAGUGUUUCAAUAGACUGAAGACAUUUAGAUCGUACUUUUUUGUACCGUACAUGGAUGUCAUGACUCAUAUGCACUAUUUGCCAGCUGGUCUCAAUGACCCUUGAGGAGAACAAAAUGCCUUACUUCCAUGUUACAUGCCAAAGUAGUUCAUGUCUUUUGUCAUGUCCUUCACUGCUAAGCUACU